GCAUAAAGCAAUGGCAUGUGGUCCGGCAUCAAUGUGGGCUUUGUCUCCUCCAUUGUUAUCGGCAAACCCCUCCUCCACGUAUUCAAGAGCCAUGUGAUAUUAUCCUCCCCACACACUAUAUGGGGUAGUCUAAAAUCACCUUGGUCACGUAGGAGAAGAAAACAUGCCCUUCUACCUAAACAAUGGAAGAAUUUAUUCACCCCAGAUGGAAAGCUCAUUGAUGGUGGUGUUAAGUUUCUGAAGAAAAUUCGAAGUGGAGGUGUUGAUCCAAGUAUUAGAGCAGAGGUGUGGCCAUUCCUCCUGGGAGUAUAUGACAUCAACAGUUCAAAGGAAGAAAGAGAUUCCAUUCGAAGUCAGAACAGAAAAGAGUAUGAUAGCUUACGGAAACAGUGCCGCCAAAUUCUUAAACGUACUGAGAAGAGCGGUAAGUUGAAAGAAACUUCUGGAAACAGCUGCAAUGAGGAAAGUGAGGAUUUCAGUCAAGUUCUUGAUUCUCCAGGCUUAGAGGAUGUGGUUAGUGGUAGGAGGUCCCACUCCACCGAGGGAGGAAGCCCGGUGGUUGAUGAUUCAGAUGGCCCUGUGUAUGAUCCAAGUCAUCAAACCCUCCUAUCCUCGGACUCAUUUUUGGAGGGAGAUGGUGAUAAGAGUGUAGUCACUUGUGAAGAUGCCUCUACUGGUGAAACAGAAUCAUCUGAUACUGAUUCCUCUGAAGAACAUGAAAACACACCUCUCCUUGCCUCAGAAAUAACUGAGGGAAAUAAUAUUGAUGAAGAUGAUAAUGAUACUUCCUGUCCCUCCAAGAUAGAAGGCAGGUACAAAUCCCACACUGAUGAAGAUUUUGCCACAUGGCAGAGAAUCAUCCGCCUGGAUGCUGUGAGGGCAAAUGAUGAAUGGAUCAUUUACUCUCCAUCUCAGGCUGCAGUAUUAGAAAUCAAAGCACAACGGUUAGCUGAGAGUGUUGGCUUGAAGGAUUAUGAUCACUUAGAGCCAUGCAGAAUCUUUCAUGCUGCUCGGCUUGUUGCUAUCCUUGAGGCUUAUGCCCUCCAUGAUCCUGAGAUAGGUUACUGCCAAGGAAUGAGUGACUUGCUCUCACCAAUCAUCUCGAUGGUAGAGGAUGACUCUGAGGCCUUCUGGUGCUUUGUAGGUUUCAUGAAAAGAGCUCGUCACAAUUUCCGACUUGAUGAGGUAGGCAUUCGAAGACAGUUAAACAUUGUCUCCAAGAUUAUCAAGUGCAAGGAUAUUCAUCUAUAUAGACAUCUGGAGAAGCUGCAAGCAGAAGACUGCUUCUUUGUGUAUAGAAUGGUUGUAGUUCUUUUCAGGAGGGAGUUAAACUUUGAGCAGACUCUUUGCCUGUGGGAAGUGAUGUGGGCAGACCAAGCAGCAAUUCGUGCUGGGAUUGCGAAGUCUGCUUGGGGGAGGUUGAGACUUAGAGCUCCCCCUACUGAUGAUCUUUUGCUUUAUGCAAUAGCAGCUUGUGUUUUGCAGAGGAGGAAGCUAAUUAUAGAGAAGUAUAGCAGCAUGGAUGAAAUAAUGAGAGAAUGCAAUAGUAUGGCUGGACAACUGGAUGUCUGGAAGCUUCUGGAUGAUGCCCAUGACUUGGUGGUCAAUCUGCACGACAAGAUUUAGGACUAGUCUUUGGCUUUUUUUUUUUGUCAUGUCCUUCACUGAUUUUCUUUUUACCCUUUAAACCUUUUCUCCCUCUCUAUAUUUUCCUCAACUCCUCUCACCAUUUAGGGAUCCCUGCUAAACCAAGGGAUCUGCAAGUUACUUCACAUCUCUGCUUGAAACAAGCAUUCAAUAGGUAAAUUCCUGUAUUAAGUAAAUUAUUGUGGGAUUUAUCAUGUAUUGCCCGCACUCAAAAGCUUCAUCUGGGUGAUGGUGGCAACGCUGAAAAAUCAGCAAUUUAGAAUGUUUUACCUUGCUUGCAAUUCUUGAAUGAAGAGAAUCUUUGCACAUUAAGUUUUCUCUUUGUGCUUCA